ACCAAGGUCUGAGACUUAGUAUUAACAAUACACUUCGCUAUUCGCCCUUAUUUGUACUACUAACAUACGGUAUACGACACUUGCAUUACUAACUGUAUACGAAACCGGCAUUGGUUCUCAUUAGAUACUUAGCUAUUUGGUUGGAACACGCGAGGACCGAGCUUGCAUACGGACAUCCCCAAACACGGACAGCUCGGUAUUACGAAACAUCGCGCCCACCUACCCCUCCCUAUUCAAGAAAUGGCUUACAAAAGCAACGCAAACGAGGCCGUUGAUCAGGAUCUCCGCAACGCCUUGAUCAGAGCUAAUAUAGCAUUGCUUCAGCGAGAAAUCCGUGAGAAAAAAGACUGGUACACAACCCGCAGAGUCGUAGUCCGGAAGCGCAACGGCCGCAUCCACCUCUCCCGCCUAGGCUCGCGCCAACAACAACCUCACCACCAAGACUACACCGCCAUCGACUUCGACGACGACUCACAAACCAGCAACAGCUUCACGCUCAUCGACGAGCCACUAACCACGCGAUCCGCCAGCUCGAGUUUUAGCUCCACCACAUCCUCCAACUUCGCCUAACCCCUCCCCAAAGAUGGCCCCAGACGCCCGCCCCGCGCCCAAGCAAUGGCAAAUGGGCGUCUCAACAUUCGAGCGCGUAAUGCAACACCACGCCAGCAUCCGCGCCCUCUGGGAAACCAAGUGGCGCGAACCAUGUCGACGGUCCGUAUACCCAUUCCACGACGGCGCAUUCACCGAUUUCGAGCCCGUAUUCCAGGAUCUAAUCGCAGGUGACAUUAACGACGGGACAUCAGCCGCGUACACACGCGCCUUCAUCCCCGCCUCCCCCCAGGUUAGCGAUGGCCCGAAGUGGGAGGCUUGGGAGUUGCAGAAGAGUAUAUAUGCCAAAGCUGGUGCGCUUUGGAAGCCGUCGCCGUUGGAGGAGGUUGAUAUCCCGCAUACGUUUGCUAAGGGUCGCGAUCGUACUUCUAUUCCGACGUAUGUGCGUGUUCCGCCCUCGAAUGAUGGGAGGAAUGGCCAGGGGAAGUUUCCGGCUGUUAUUUUGUUGACGGGGCUUGAUGGGUAUCGCCCUGAUAAUACCACGCGUAGUGAUGAGUUUCUUGCGCGUGGGUGGGCUGCUAUUAUUUUUGAAAUCCCCGGGACGGCGGAUAGUCCGGCUGAUCCGUUUGACCCGUCGUCCCCUGAUCGCGUUCUUGAUAGUGUGUUCGCUUGGAUGGCGGCAGAUGGCCGUUUUGAUCUCGCGCGUGUCCUGUGUUGGGGGCUUAGCAGUGGUGGAUACUACGCUGUGCGUGCAGCACAUACACACCGAGAGAAAUUACUAGGAGUUGUGGCGCAUGGUGCGGGUACGCAUCAUUUCUUUGAUAAGGAGUGGUUGGCGAAGGCCGAUGGACAUGAGUACCCUUUUCAAUUGACCCCGGCGUUGGCGAUGAAGCAUGGGUAUGGGACUGAUGUAAAGACCUAUCUUGAGGAUGCGCAGAGGAGGUUUUCUUUGCUUGAAACGGGGAUAUUGGCGCAGCCGAGCACGAGGUUGCUCCUUGUGAAUGGUACGCACGACGGCCUCAUGCCAAUCGAAGAUUCGAUGCUAUUGUUUGAAUACGGGUCACCAAAGGAGGCGAGGUUCUUUACGGGUGCAUUGCAUAUGGGAUAUCCUAUGGCGAAUUCGUCUGUAUACCCCUGGAUGGAACAGGUUAUGGCGUCUACGAAGUGAUGUUUACAUGUUUUAACGUAUUACGUUGAAUUGAGCUGGUUUGGUUUAUUUGAUUUAUCUGUAUUUAUACCUCGUCUGAAUCCCAAGCGACGAUUAUAGGUUUUCCACUAGGUACUCAAGAACACACGAAGU